UGCUCCCAUUUAUUUCGCGUGCCUGCAGAACGUUUAUGCGCAUAUCUUGAAACGCAAUCCAACGCUACUGCUUCUUUCUUCUGCUUGACCUUUCGAGAGAACUCUGUUCAAAACAGAAGAUCUGAGCACAGAGCAUAAAAAACGCCUUCUUCGAUAUUGUUUGCUUCGUUGGUCUGCGCGAGAUCAUGUUCUCCAUCGUAUCAAGUUUACAGCAGUAGCCUUUGUUCUCCAAUGAAAUAUUAAUUGAAUAAGAUAUAGGAACUUCAUUAUGUCUGGAUUAAUUGAAGGCCUCCCUGACGCAGUUGCUCUCCAAUGCCUUGCACGAGUACCAUUCUACCUCCAUCCCAACUUGAAGCUAGUUUGCCGUUCAUGGAGAGCUGCCCUUAGCAGCCCUGAGCUCUUCAAGGCCCGGCAUGAGGUUGGGACAUCAGAAGAGCUAUUGUGUGUGUGUGCCUUUGAGCCUGAAAAUUUGUGGCAGCUUUAUGAUCCUCUUAGAGAACUCUGGAUGACCAUUCCUGUACUACCCUCACAGAUCAGGCAUCUUGCAUACUUUGGUGUUGUGUCUGUUGGGGGGAAACUGUUUGUGCUUGGUGGGGGCAGUGAUGCUGUUGAUCUAUUGACAGGUGACCAGGAUGGCAUUUUUGCAACUGAUGAGGUUUGGUCAUAUGACCCCAUUCUCUGCCAAUGGGCCCGAAGGGCAUCAAUGCUCGUCCCUCGUGCCAUGUUUGCAUGCUGUGUGUUGGAAGGAAAGAUCAUUGUUGCAGGUGGUUUCACCAAUUUCAGGAAGUCGAUCUCUAAGGCUGAGAUUUAUGACCCUGAGAAGGACACGUGGGUCCCCAUGCUUGAUCUCCAUCAUACUCAUAAUUCAGCAUGCUCAGGGGUGGUGAUUGGUGGUAAGGUGCAUGUGUUGCAUAAGGGGCUAUCAACAGUACAAGUAUUUGAAAAUGCUGAGCACAGAUGGGUAGUUGAGGACUAUGGAUGGCUGCAAGGUCCAAUGGCAUUGGUUCGUGGGGAGCUCUAUGUGUUGAGCCAUGGAGUUAUUUUUAAGCAGGACAAAGAGCAAAGGCUAAGGAAGGUGGUCGCAUCAGCAAUGGACUUCCAGAGCAGAAUUGGGUUUGCAAUGAUCGGGUUGCGGGAUGAACUCUAUGUCGUUGGUGGAGUAAUUGGGCCAGGUCGUUGGAAUGUGGACAUCAAGCCACUAUCUGAUGUGGAUGCUCUGAUGGUUGGGACUGAGAGAGCAACUUGGCGUAGGGUGACACCUAUGACACAAUGUCAUGGUACUAUACUUGGCUGUACAGUGCUCAGGAUUUAGUCAGGAUGACGCUUCAUUGUGAGAACUGAUGUUGCAAUCUUGUGGGUUUUAAUCAGUCUCCAAUUGGAACUAGGAAGGGAGAGGAACAGGGAGUGGACUUUUGGGUGUCAACUUCUGUUUUAUUCGCAAACAAUAUUUUGGCAUUUCUUCAUGUUAUGUGAGAGUUCUGAGAGGAAUUGAUGUUCAGUGAAGCUACAAGGUCGCUUAAUUGGAACUGUUUAGAAAGAAAUUAAUAGAUUGUUCUUUCUUUAUUCUA